AUGAUCAGGGAGUUGAUGGUUGAUGAAGUCAGCAAUGACAUCCGCCACACGAAAAGGCUCUUUUAUGAGAAGUCCAAUAAAAUUGACACCCUCCUAGCGAGAGCCCUAACACCCGAAACGAAUAAAACCACAACAAUAGCCGUACGAAACAAACAAGGAACGAUUCUUACUGACCCCAUAGACGUCAACGACGAAUUUACACAAUUCUAUGCCAACCUAUAUGAUCACUCCCCUACCCUGACGGAGACUAACACUGAAUACAUGGGAGAGAUCACAACAUUCCUCACCAAGGCCAAACCCCCUAGACUCCCCACAAACCUAGUAGAGCCACUGGGAGCACCCUUAGAAAUGGACAAAGUAAUAGCAGCCAUCGCAGGGCUCAAGGGGAAUAAAGCCCCGGGGCCUGACGGAUUCGACGGCACAUACUAUAAAAUCUUCAAAGAAGAACUCACACCACACCUAACUAAAAUUAAAAGUGCCGUUCGUGCCAAGGUGAUCAAUGACAACUUCCACAUUGUUAAAGGAUUGAUGACCACAGUACAUGCUUUCACUGCCACCCAAAAAACAGUGGAUGGACCAUCUGGCAAACUGUGGCGUGAUGGAAGAGGUGCUUCGCAGAACAUCAUUCCCGCAUCAACUGGUGCAGCAAAAGCUGUUGGCAAAGUCAUCCCAGAGCUGAAUGGAAAAAUUACUGGAAUGGCAUUCCGUGUUCCCACACCAAACGUGUCUGUAGUGGAUCUGACUGUCCGCCUGGAAAAGCCAGCCAAAUAUGAUGCUAUCAAGGCUGCUGUUAAGGCUGCAUCUGAAGGACCCAUGAAGGGAAUCCUCGGCUACACUGAAGAUCAGGUUGUCUCCACUGACUUCAAUGGCGAUAUACAUUCAUCCAUUUUUGAUGCUGGUGCUGGUAUUGCUCUGAACGAUCACUUUGUGAAGCUGAUCGCCUGGUAUGACAAUGAAUUUGGAUACAGUAACCGUGUGCUGGAUCUCAUAGUUCACAUGUUCUCCAAGGAAUAGAAUAUCACCUAUUGACCUCCUUCCUGUCACUGUGGGUCCCCAAUUCACCUAGUGGUAUUGUCACUGUAGGGCCCCAGAGUCAACCUCACUAGCUUGUCUGUCUGUGUCCAUUUUCUGCGUAAUAAAAUUUAAACAAAAUGAAAAAAAAAAAAAAA